AUGGGCAACGACGGCGGGUCCAUCGCCCGGCGUGACGAGCUCGUAAAAGUCAAGAUCACCCACACCAAAGCCGACCCUGCUCAGCUGAAGCGGGUAAAAUGGACUCUCUGCCAUCUCUCGCGCCAGCCACUUCGUGAACCAAUAGUAGCUGAUGGAUUGGGAAGGUUGUAUAACAAGGAGGCCAUUGUCAAUUGGUUGAUUGAGAAGAAGGUGGCAGAGAGUGGGGGUGGGGCGGCAGUAGAGGAGAAAGGUAUGGGACAUAUUCGCGGACUUAAAGAUAUGACCCUCCUCAAAUUGCAUUCCUCAAAAUCUCCUACUUCGACAGAAAGCGAGGAUGCAUCCUCCUCAUCGAAUAUCUCCUCGCCCUUCUCAUGCCCACUCACAGCAAGACCCAUGAAUGGCUCACACAGAUUCGUCUUCCUCCUCUCCUCGGGAGCAGUCAUGUCCGAAGCAGGUCUCAAAGCCAUCGUCUCCGAGACUACCUCUAGCGCCAAAAAGACUGCGUUUGUCUCUGCCUCCGCUGGUGCCACUGGUGGCAGCUCAGUCGAAUCCGCUUCAGCAGGUACGCUCUUCGAGUGCCCCAUCACCUCGUUGCCUUUCCUCCCUGGUUCUCUCCUGGGCAAGAAUGGAGCCGCGGCACAGGACGCAGAGAAUGUUGGAGAUGUCAUCCUGCUUAAUCCCUCGGAAAAGGAGGAAGAGGUGCUCAGGACAGCAAUGUACAAGCGCAGGGAGGGAGAGGGCGGUAAGAAGCGGAAGAAGGACAAGGGAGGAGCGAAGGGCAAAGCUGCUACCAAUGAAGGUUCUGCACCAGUCGAGAAGAAGCAAAAACGACCAAGUCCACCUGGGGAGUCUCCCGCUCCCGCUCUGGCUUCUACUGACAGGGAGGAUCGCCUAUCAGCUCCUGCCUCUGCAACGCACCUGGCUGCACUAGCCGCCAAACAGGCAAAGGGUAAGCCGAUGAGUGCGGCUCUGGCCAGUAUAUAUGGACAUGGGCUGCAAAAGGGAGAGAAGGAGGGAUGGAUGGUCAGAGGGACGGGGAUGGGUAGAUAG